UCUCGAGCAAUUUCCAAAUUGAGCAACCCUAACCAACAAGCCACCUAUUUCAUUAAAGAAAAACAAUAACAUUAAAUUAAACCGCAAAUAAAGAAAACAUGAUCACAAUAUAAUACAUACACUGUUCAUUUUCUUGUUCUUCCUCUUCUUUUGUCUUCACACUGACCUCCUUAUCACACACUAUAUAAUAUAAAUAUAUAUUUUUCAGGUGGGACCCACCCCAUUUAUCUUCUUAUUUAUACCCCCCUUACAUUUCCAUACAAUACACAAUCAUUGCAGCAAAUUAAACAAUAACACCAUUCAUCAUCUCCACACAGCACACAGUAUACAGCAGAUAGCUAUACUGUACUACAUACUGUUUCUUUUACAUACAUAUAUAUAUAGAUAUAUCAGACAAACAUGGCUCUCCAUUUUUCUCUGAUAUUCAUAAUUUUCUUGUUCCCUUUGAGGAGUAAUGCUCAGGGGGGCCCACCAUCUCCAGGCUACAACCCCAGUUCCAGAAUUGGCUCAAUAGGGUUCAACCAGGGUUACAGAAAUCUUUGGGGUCCUCAGCAUCAACGAGUUGACCAGGGUGCACUCACUAUUUGGCUCGACCGAAGCUCAGGAAGUGGAUUCAAAUCGCUGAACCCGUAUUCGUCGGGUUAUUUUGGGGCUGCUAUCAAGCUCCAAUCUGGUUAUACUGCCGGAGUUAUUACAUCUCUCUAUCUUUCGAACAACGAAGCGCACCCAGGUAACCACGACGAGAUAGAUAUCGAAUUUCUCGGCACGACAGUGGGCAAACCCUACGUGCUCCAAACAAACGUUUACGUGAGAGGAAGCGGUGACGGUAAUAUUAUCGGCCGUGAAAUGCAGAUUCACCUUUGGUUCGACCCCACUAAAGAUUUUCACAAUUAUGCCAUCCUCUGGAACCCUACCGAAAUUAUAUUUUUUGUGGAUGACGUGCCAAUAAGAAGGUACGCGAGGAAAAGCGAUGCCACGUUCCCGUUGCGGCCGAUGUGGGCAUACGGUUCGAUAUGGGAUGCGUCCACGUGGGCAACCGAGAAUGGCAAGUACAAAGCCGACUACAAUCACCAGCCAUUUUACGGAAGGUACAACAAUUUCAAGUUAAGCGGUUGCAAUGCUAACGGCCGCUCCGCCUGCCGCCCGGCUACCGGUUCUCCGACCGGCUCCACGGGGCUGAGCCGGCAGCAGUACGCUGCCAUGGCUUGGGUCCAGAGGAACUACCAGUUCUAUGAUUACUGUCGGGAUUCGCAGCGGGACCAUAGGCUCACGCCCGAGUGCUGAGGGCACGCAAUAUAAUAUUUCAUAAAUUAUGGACCAUAUAUUUACUAUUUUCUUAGUGUUGCAUACUUUAUACAAUUUGUUUGGGAGUGUCUUGAGAUGGGCCCACCACUUGCCAAUCAAUCGGUGAAUGCAAAGCGUCCAAGCCUCCGAAUAUUUAAUUUGUCCACUGUUAUUGAAUUUGUCAGUGUGCUGUGAGAGUGUGUGUGUGUGUAAUAAAUUUGUGAAGUGUGUAUGAUUUGAAGGUGAGAUGAGAUGAAAGAAAUAUGUGUAAUUUUUACACUGGUGUGUUUCCAUAUAUUUUUCAAUAAAUUUAGUUUAUUUUCAUAUU